AUGUGGCUGCUGGAGAGCGAUCUUUUCGAAGCGUACCUGCAGCUAACGCGCAAACCAGGCAAGAAGCUCUGGCUGCGGCCUGGAAAGCUCUACCUCUUCGGCCGCACGGUAUCUGAGGCUGGUCAGCUCGUUAUCUCUGACAAGACCAUUUCGCGUAAACACAUCACCAUCAAGGUUGAGCCUGUCCCGGAAGGCGGCGGCCGCAACAUUACCUCCAGAUCCCAGAUCACCAUUGAAGAUCUCGAUUCAAAAAAGGGAACCACCGUAAACGAUGUCCAGAUACGCGGCCAGAAGAAAGUCCUCACCGAGACUGUGAAUACAGUCAAGCUAGGAAUGUGCCAGAAGCUUCUGCGCAUUCAGUGGUACCCCGUUGUGCUGAGCUUCUCCUUCACUAGCAAGGAGUUACGUGCAGACCCGUGGACAAAGCUUCGCGAUGAUCUCGAACAAUUGGAUAUAAAAUACUCGGCUGAAUACGAAGAAACCACCACCCACGUCGUGUCAAAGAAGCGCAACACGUCGAAGGGGCUUCAAGCUCUCAUUAAUGGCAAACUUAUUGUCACCGAGAGCUUCAUCAACACCAUCAUCAAUGCAGCAACAACACCAGCCGAUGCCGAGGAAGGCUCGUCGAGCGCGUUGGAACAAGACUUUGAUCACCAUUGGCCCAAUGCUCUCGACCACUUGCCGCCACGAGGUGAAGAGACCGGAGAACGACCCAGCACAGCCUACGCUCCGGAUGAACGGCGACAGGAGGUGUUUGAAGGGUACACGUUUGUUUUUUACGAGAAGAAACAGUUUGAAAACCUCCUCUCUCCCAUCACUUCUGGGAGGGGUAAAGCGGUGUUGAAUGCAGUGACGCCAGGACAAACGGACGUGGAUGAUUUCGUCCGUUUCGUCAAAGGCGUGGCUGGUGAAAAGGGGCUUGGGUCUUUUGAGGAUGGCAGCGAGGGGAAGGGAGUGGUGGUUGUUCGAUACAUCCCGAAAGAUGAAAACUACGAAUGGUAUGCGCAGUUUCUCACAGAAUUUGCUCAGCGGCUCGACCAUCGACCAAUCGACCAGCGCGAAUUUAUUGAGGCGAUCCUGGACUGCGAUGCUUCCAUGUUGCGACGCCCCUUGGAAGAGGCUAGUCAAUCCGAACCGGCAAUGUCACGUCCUGAAGCUCACACAGAACCAGGUGUUCGCAUGGAAAUAGAUCAGCCAUCGACCGAGCCGACAGCCCCCCAGCAAAGAGAGGUGGAGAGAGAACCCUCGCCACAACCGCCUCCUCGAAGAGUGCGGACUCGAAGAGGUGUAAGCAGAUUCAAAGGCUUUGAUAUCGAGGACGACAACCCCGAGCCGACUCAAGAGAUAGGCCCCGUUCAACCUAACCUUCCCGAACUAAGCCAGCCCGCAGUCGAAGCGUCACAGGAUGGUCUGUUUGUUUCGCAGUACCAGGACCCUCUUGAUCGUCCAGAGGAAGAGACUGCACCCGAGUCGCGCCCUCUGCCUCGAGCUACGCGCAAACGCCCACUCUCACCCUUGCCAGAACAUGAUGAAUCGGCAUUACUAGCCAACAUUGCCCCCACAGCCGCGGCAGCCAAACGCAGGCGUAUUCAGGCAGGAGAGCCGCCUGUGCCCCCACCACCGGAACCGGAGCCUCCAGUUAAGGACGAGGACAAUGACGAGAUGGUGAUUGAAUUUCCCCAAGACAAAAGUGAGAAGGGGCGAGGUACGAAAGGGAAAGGCAAGAAAACAGCAGGCGGUGACGAUAUCUUGGAGCUGGCGCGCAAGCAGCGCGAAGAGGCCGAAGCCAGAGCAGCCGCGGAACGUCGAGCACUGACCGAGUUGGGCGAUGAUGAGAUUGAUUAUGCGGAAAUUCGCAGGCUGCAACUUGAAACGGUCCAGGAAUGUGAGGUUCGCUUCCCUGAGCCAUGGACAGGGGGAGCUGGUACCAGUCGUACGCGUGAGCAGGACAUUGCCGACGGUCGUUGGGAUCCCAAAUGGAAUGGUCGUAGGAAUUACAAGCAGUUCCGAAAGCAAGGUGCAGCCACUGGACGGCAAGCAUCACGAACAGUAAUUCCCCUAGAAGAGGUUCGGCCAAAGAGCAAUGGUAUCGGUGACGAGUAUUGGCUCGAGAACGACUCCAACAGUCGCCAAAAGAACGAUGCCACCAGCCAACGUCAAUCUCAAACGCAGCAGCAAACCAGCAAUCCCACCCCCGAGAAAGCCAAGGCCCCUCUCAGGGAGAACAUUCUCACCAUCGACAGCAGUGAUGAGGACGAAGAUGAUGUGGAUGUUAUGGACGAGGACCGAGCAGCACCAGAGCCAACACCCGAGCCAGCAAGGUCGAGGGCGGCCAAGGCAGCGGAGCGGGCCAAUGCUCGGAAGGGCCAGUCACAGGCACAGAGCACGCAAACGCAGUCGCAGAGCAGCAACAAGCGAGCAGCACCACCGCUGAAUGCCUCACCUAGUAGCUCGAGGGAAGCGAAGAAGCCGCGUCGGGGAGGGUUCAUGGCUGCCAGUAGAGACGAAAGCGACGACGACAGCGAUGAUGAGUUGAAGUUCCGGUUUGGCAGGCGGAAGUGA